CGCCAUUUUGCAUUUGGCCGAGAGAUGAGAAGCGCCUUAUUGCAUUUCGCCUCCUGGGCGCCGCCAUUUUAGGUGCCUUCAUAAAAUGCCCGUCGAGAAUCCCCUCUUUUUUCGCCCCGCUCCCAAGAUGGCGUCGAUGCGGGAGAGCGACACCGGCCUGUGGCUGCACAACAAACUGGGCUCCACGGACGAGCUGUGGGCGCCGCCGAGCAUCGCCUCGCUGCUCACGGCCUCAGUCAUCGACAACAUCCGUCUCUGUUUCCACGGCCUUUCCUCGGCCGUCAAGCUCAAGCUGCUCCUGGGGAUGCUGCACCUGCCCCGCCGGGCGGUGGAUGAGAUGAAAGGGGCACUGACUGAAAUUAUCCAGCUCGCUACCUUGGAUUCAGACCCCUGGGUCUUAAUGGUAGCUGAUAUUUUAAAAUCCUUUCCAGAUACUGGCUCCCUUAACCUUGAUCUUGAAGAACAGAAUCCCAAUGUUCAAGAUAUUUUAGGAGAGCUUAGAGAGAAAGUAAGUGAAUGUGAAACUUCAGCUAUGUUGCCGUUGGAAUGCCAAUACUUAAACAAAAAUGCCUUGACAACACUAGCUGGGCCACUUACUCCCCCAGUGAAACAUUUCCAGCUGAAAAGGAAACCUAAAAGUGCCACUCUCAGAGCUGAACUCUUGCAGAAGUCAACAGAAACUGCACAACAGCUCAAGAAGACUGCAGGAGUGCCUUUCCAUGCCAAAGGCAGGGGACUGGUCAAGAAGAUAGAUACAACAACACCACUCAAAGGAAUACCAAAACAAGCUCCCUUCAGGAGUACUUCAGCUCCCAGUGUUUUUAGUCCUUCAGGAAACAGAACUCCUAUUCCUCCUUCAAGAACACCUUUGCGCAAAGAAAGAGGAGUUAAGCUUCUAGAUAUCUCUGAGCUGGAUAUGGUAGGUGCUGGCCGUGAAGCAAAGAGAAGAAGAAAGACAUUAGAUACGGAAGUUGUGGAAAAGCAAGCCAAAGAAGAAACAGUAGUAGAAAAUGCUACCCCGGAUUAUGCUGCUGGCCUUGUAUCUACACAGAAACUUGGCUCAUUGAACAAUGAGCCUGCACUACCUUCUACAAGUUAUUUACCUGCUACCCCCAGUGUGGUGCCGUCUUCCUCCUAUAUCCCAAGCUCUGAAACACAGCCAGCUGGUUCUGCACGAGAGGCCUUGCAGACCAACAGGCAGACAGAAGAGCCUGCAGCUCCAAAUGCUACUACAACUCUCCCUGCACAGUUCAAACAAAGAACACCCAUGUACAACAGUAACGCUAAUCCCCCUGCAGCUACACCUACCUCACCCCUUACACCCACCACACCUCCUGCCAUCUCCCCUGCGGCACAGGCACCACAAGUGGCCCCCCAAACUCAACAACAGCCACCACCGAAGAAAAGCCUCUCUCUCACAAGGGAGCAAAUGUAUGCUGCACAGGAAAUGUUCAAGACUGCAAACAAAGUUACAAGGCCAGAAAAGGCUCUUAUACUUGGAUUCAUGGCAGGAUCCAGAGAGAAUCCUUGCCAAGAGCAAGGUGACAUCAUCCAAAUUAAACUUAGUGAACAUACAGAAGAUUUACCAAAGGCAGAUGGCACGGGCAGCACCACUAUGUUGGUUGACACAGUCUUUGAAAUGAACUAUGCUACUGGUGAAUGGACCAGAUUCAAGAAGUACAAACCUAUAACUAAUGUUUCCUAAGAGAUGCAGCAGCAGCAGACUGGACCAAAUCAAGUUUAGAGUCAACCAGCUCAUAGAGUAUGUCAACUGUACAAAAUGGCAUUCAUGUGUACAUUUCUUACUGCCCUUCAGAGUAGAAGCUGUGCUCUUCAACCAAACUCAACUCAGUGAACACAGAAGUGGUUGAUGGUGUCAAACUCAAAUAUUUUUUUUUAUUAAUCUUGGGAGAGGGAAAGAUGAUCUUUGAGGGGGGUGGGGGGACAUUGUUGGUGUGUUUUUAUUCAGGAUGAUGUCUUGGAAGUUCAGGAUGCUGAAAAAGGAGAUCACAGCUGAAAGGUUACAGAUGGGAGCAGUUCACUGCUAAGUACCAGAAGAGAAGACUACUGCACAGUCACUCAUGGUUUACUGUUAACUGAGGGCACAGAUCUUUAUUAUAAAAACAUUUUCUUUGGCAACAUGAGUUCUGUUAUAAGAAUGGAUGUUUGAAGCACCACAGGUCGGUAAUUGAUAAUUUUGUAUUUCAGCUGCAGUAUAACUAUUGCAGAUGGUAGAUGUCAGUGUCUAAAGGUACCCACUGUAUGUUUAGCUUAUUUAUGCUUGGGUCAUAGGAUGAAAUUGAGCAGCUUUAUUUUAGCAGUGGGAACAAAGCAACAUGGACCCCCUUAUGCAUCCAAAGAUCGCUUUAUUGUAGAAAUUGCAUCCUUUUAAACCUUUGAUCUCAACCUGACAUAACUGAAACCAGACUGAGACCUAUCAGAACUUAACAGAAAGAAGGCACCCAUUGGCUGGCUCAGCUGCUGUGCUGCUGCUCACUUGUCCUAUCAUUCAAUCAGCUUCCUACUGUGUGCUGUCCGCACAUUCCCCCAGCCAGUCACACUCUCACUUCCAGCUGUCACUCAAUGACUCUCUCCUCACUCCUGACUGCAUCUCACUCCUCAGCCAGCUUCCACCUGUCCAGCCUGCAGCUGUGCCUUUCCCAUGGGGCCUUCUGGGGAGCAUAAGCCUUAACCACUUCACUAAUUAUUACCCCUUAUCCUACAUGUCCCCCCUCUUUUUUAUUAAGCAAGGAAAGCCUACUAGGAAAAACCUAAACAAUUCCUAAGACAUUAGUAACAGUGACAAUAAUUAUGACAACUUUUCAAAAAAUGUAGCAUAGGCUUCUCUGGUGUGAGCAGUAACACUUAACAGGAACAUAAUUCAAUUUUAAUGCAAUUAACAAGGUGAAACUUAAAACUGCCUAUAUGCUUUGCUAUCACCCAGGGUCUGCCAGGUUAGCCUUCUUUUCACAAUGAGGACUUGGAAGGCCUCUUCCGGAUGAGGCUUCCAUGUUUACCUCAAAGGAAUGUGGUCUAGGUUUUGCAAAACUAAAUCAGUGAGUCUUUUUUUUUUUACAGAAACACCUGGGUUUGAUAGCGUACUUUUCCUUGCCAGUCAAGGCCAUAGCUUGGCCAGAGCUAAGACCUAGGCUGGGAAGGCAUCCCUGUCAUAUAAUUAAAAGAAAUCUUCAGUGAUAACUCACAGAACAGCCAGCUUUGUCAUAAAUAACUUGUAAAUAACUAUAACUAUGUACAUAUAUAUACAACUCCUUUGAAAGUACCGUUUACCUUUUUGUCACAAACAAACCAAUUCAAAACUAUCAAAGGAAAUCUCUCUUUGUCUCAGCCAAACCUACAACCUCCAGGCAGGCUUGCUCCUCUGAGGAGGCAAGGCAGAGGUACAAGGUCCUAGUGGCUAGCAGCACCAACGCUGGGGCUUGGUGUAAGGGCUGCGUGGCUGUGCCGCUGCACAGCCCCAUGGGCUUAUCCAGCUGCAGUAGAGAUAUCCGCGCCACUUUGCCCAGGCCACUCAGUGACAUCUGCGGCAUGGCAGUGCCCAUGCCACGGGAGCCACGUGCUGUGCCCAGAAGAGUGCAGCCCAUGCCCCUUGGCUGCUUCUGCCGCUAGCGCCCCGUGCCCUGACGGCCGCUUCUGGGUGGAUGUACGAGACAAGCGUUCUGGGCCGGCUGUACUAUUGUCACCAGGCCAUGCUUUGUGCGUGAUGUUUCUGUACUUGAUGGGCUGGCAGUCCCUGAUAUGCCCAUGGCUGGCCACAGACCACCUGCAGCGAGCUGAGCACUGUCAAUGUGGCCACCAGGCCCACCCCAACCCCCACCCAGCCAGGACCCCCCACACGUGUGUCCAAAACCUGGAAGCACGUGGCUCAAGCCACUGCCAGAGUGUUAGUAUUACGAGCAGUAGUUCCCACGUUUUGGCAUUCUCUAACCAUAUCUGCUAUAUCACAAGUAUAUGGGUUAUGAACAGCGAGCAGUGCUUUUCUACAAUCUUUGUUAGAAUUUUUAAAUGUAAGUUGCAGCAACAGAGUAACUCUGGCCUCAUCACUGUCAACUUGCCAGGAGAGUGUGGCAUGCAGUCUGUCCAGGAACUGCAUAAAUGACUCCACUGGAUCCUGUAAAAUCUUAGCAAAAGACAUACUAGAAUUGAUACCCAUCCCCAGGAGUCGCUGCAGGGCUAGGUGAGUGAUGUUAUUGCAUACAUCACGCGGGUAGCCUGCCUGCACUGCAGGGACUGCAAAGGGACCCUCUUCGGUCAGCUGCGCAAUGGUGACUGGUGCAUUUCUGUCCUGCAACGUUUCCGCCUGGGUUGUACACAGCUCUCUGCAAUUGGUGAGCCAGACUGCAAACUGCAUCACAGUUAGAAUCAUUUUCCUUGUACUUUUCCAGCCAUGGAGUGUGAGGACGUACGUGGUACUGAUAGACUCGAGGUAGCUUAGGGCGCAAUGGGAGGAUAUGCCGCUUUCUUUUACUAGGGCUCUCAGUUCUUUAUAGUCUAGCCCUCGGUAUGCUGGACGUUGGUUCGGUGCCUGUAUUACUGGGCAGGCUGAAAGGACUGCCAAAUCGCCCUCCUUUGUGGUGGCCUCCCAGCAUUUUUGCCAAUGCUGGACUACUGCAUCGCCAUCCUGGGCAGGAAGUGAGUCUGCUGCCUGCUCGCGAUGUGGGAAUUCUGCGCCAAAGGGGCCAACCACGCAGGGAUUUUUAUCGGGGUAAGGCAGUUCCAUGGGGCUUGGGUUAGUUUCAGGGUAAGGGAAUUCUGUGGGGUUUGGGUCCAUCUUGGGGUCGUGUAUGGGUUCUGGUGGUGCUGAGGGUUCAGGGGAAUUAACUUCCGAAGCCAUGUAACGGCUGACAUUUGCGUGACUUGCUUUAAUAGCUGCCAUGAUUGUCCCCCAUGUUGCGAGGUGCUCACAAGCUUCAGCAUCGCCAUGCCUGGUGAUAUCAACGUCUCUGCCCUGUUGCUUGCGAGGUUUCUGAUCAAAGGGGCCCACUAAAGGGAAAAUCUUUAACUUGAUUACACACCCAGUCCAGCAGGGUGCUUAGUUUCACAUCAGCCAUAUUAAUAGAUUGCUGAUAGCUGCCUGGCCUGGUUCAAGCUCCUGCUUUGUUCCCCUGAUAUUCCACCUCCCAUACUUUCUCCCACUGGUCUUCUCACCCUCCCAGUGAGGUGUGCACACUUUAAAUUCCCAAGUUCCUUCCCAAACUCUUUCCGGAUCCUGCCUGGCCAGUUCCUUGACCUAGUGGGAGCUGCUACCAGAGUGGACCGCACACCCUGCACCACCUUUAUAGUUCCCUGUUUGGGCCAGCCAGCAGUGGGGAACAAAGCGACACAGACCCCCUUACGCAUUCAAAGAAAAUCACUUUAUUGUAGAAAUUGCAUCCUUUUAAACCUUUAAUCUCAACCUGACAUAACUGAAACCAAACUGAGACCUAUCAGAACUUAACAGAAAGAAGGCACCCAUUGGCUGGCUCAGCUGCUGUGCUGCUGCUCACUUGUCCUAUCAUUCAAUCAGCUUCCUGCUGUGUGCUGUCCGCACAUUCCUCCAGCCAGUCACACUCUCGUUUCCAGCUGUCACUCAAUGACUCUCUCCUCACUCCUGACUGCAUCUCACUCCUCAGCCAGCUUCUACCUGUCCAGCCUGCAGCUGUGCCUUUCCCAUGGGGCCUUCUGGGGAGCAUAAGCCUUAACCACUUCACUAAUUAUUACCCCAUAUCCUACAUCUUGUUAACUCUCUAUGUUGUCAAUGUACAUGCCCAGCAUGAGUUAGUCUUUAUUUGGCAUUAUUUGAGAUAGACAGAAACUGAGUAUCAUAACAUUCUGAAAAAAAAAUCCAUCCAAAUUAUAAAAGUAACUGUGUCUUGUUGCUGCCUGGAAGUGAUAAUUUCUUGCCAUAGGAGUCUUGGUGUAGAAGUUGAUCUAUGGCUCUUGCAUAACAAGCCCUUUGCACAGCAUAACUUACCUGGAGGAAAGGAAACAACUACAUCUCAAAACCAGUUGGAGCUUAAUUUAAAAAUGGCCCUAGAAAUGGUUGAGACACAUCUGAGUAGAAGUAGUUUUGUUGUCUUGAGGAACUAUUAAUGUAUGUUUGGUUGAGCAGUCAAAAGCUGCUUGAUUGCCAAACCCAGACCCAAAAAGUUUUUAAUGACUGUAGCUGUGGUUCUUAUUUAUACUGAUAGAGUGUAGCUUUAUCAGUAUAAAUACUAAUGUGACCACAAUUAUAUUGGCAUAUAAAUGUGCCUUGUACUUGUCCCCUGCUAGAAGAAGCACAUUUUUAUCUUUAUAACUGUGUUCAUACCAGUGGUGUAAUCUGGCUUUAAUGCUACAAGCAAAGCUGGCGUUUUCUGAGAGGAUUUAUGUGCAUAAGUCAGGAGAGUCCUUCUUGGGAAACUUAGCUUCAUCAUUUGAAGGAGUCUUGAAUUCAGUGUCUGGGUUCUGCCAGUACUUGUGUGUGGAGCUGUGCUUGGUUGAGAAUGCUGCUUAGAAAGAAGAAAUACAAAGAUGAGGAACAGAGUGGUGAUGUGUUGAGGAGGUACCUUGGGCUGACUUAAAGAUUCAUGUUGAAGUGGAACUUUUAGGGCUAAAUGAGGCUUUUUUGUUGUUGUUGUUGUUCCUUUUUUCUGAAAAAAAAAAAAAAAAAAAAAAGCAGACCAAAUCCCAUAGUACAAUUGUAUACUUAUAAAGACAUUUAGAUGUUUGAUUAGAAUCUUUUUUUAUUGGGGAAUUUUUUAUUGCAUUUUAAUCUUUGUUUUUCAAUCAAAUUACCCAAGAGGACAGGGCAAGUAUAAAUAAUAUUUUAAAAAAUGCCCUGUAUUCUGCAGUGUUUUAAGAUGUGACCAAAAGUGUAGAGUUCUUAACUUUAUUUAAGCAAAUACACAGAAUGUUCUAGCUCCUGUAACAGGCAGGGUAUUUGAUGGUAACUGCUGCUAUUACAGAAUAUUGUGCAUGUUUUAGUAUGAAAAUUGCUCACAUAUAACUGUCACAUCAGGGCUGUCCUCCCCAGAAUUACCCAUUUCAGAAACAAUGUAGACUGCAAUUUUGAUUCCAACUUUUCUUUUUAAACAACUAGAAAACAGCUUGACAAGUGAGGGUGAGUAGUGAGUUUUAGUUUUUAGGAGUUUAGUAGAAUGUGUUAUGGUUAUAAUUUAUUUGGUUUUAGAGUGUUACACAGUGAGGGCUAAUGAUAGGACAUGAAAGUAUUCAUCUUUUAGGAGAAAGGUUUAAAGAAAAGUGACAUUCCUUUUGUUGUCUGCAUUCAGAUUUUAAAGUUUCCUUGUGAUGACCAGUUUUUGGUACACGUGUAUGAUACUUCUGUCUUAACUGUUCCUGCUUGCUAGAUGAGCUGCAAGUAUCAGAUACAGUUGUUAAAAAUGAGCAUUUAGAAAAUUGGCUGGCUUGAGGGGCAUGUACUGUCAUGUAUUGUGAACUGUUGAUGCAAGACCUGUGCAGUUCAGUCGUGGUCAGGAGCUGCUGUGUGGUGGCUCUUUUGACUUCCUUGAGAUUAAUGGUGGUCCCUGAAUAAACUUUCUGGGGCCACAGAAGUGUGCAUUUCAGAGCUGUGCUUUGGGAGGAGAUAGCUGUCCCUCUGCUCUUCAAGAAGCCCUUCUAGAAUGCAGUGGAGUCACUUGAGUGCAGUAGUAUGUAGGAAGCUUAACCAUGCUGCUGUUUGUAAUUGCUGCAUAGUGCAGUUGGUCUCCAGGCCUGUUUGUCUAAAGUCAGUCAUAGGCAAUAAAUUGAAAUUUUAAGUAGAACUAUAGUAUAUUUUUAAUUUUGUUAACUCAUUAGGAUGAGACUGCGGCAACACUGCAAAAUUAAUCUUUUUAAGUCACUUUAUGACCCUCAAUACAAGAGGAUUACUUCAACAUGAUCUGUGAAUCUAUAAAGUAUUUAAAUGCCUAAAGGGGAAGUUUCUGCAAAAUCGUUAAAAUGAUACAAUGAGAAAUUAAACUACAUGCAGUCCUUCGGUUCAGUGAAUGAAAUCAUCAAAUCCAUGUUCUCAAAGUAAGAAUAAUGCCAGACAAAUCAGAAAGGGAAACUUCAAAUUGAAAUUCCAAUAUAUUGGAAUUGUUACAUACAGUACAAAAUCUGACCUUGGAACUUGACGUUUUUUUGUCUUGAAUACUCAGUCACUUGGAUGUGAAGCUAUUCAGUGAGGCUCAGUGUGUGCUGUAAGGUUAAACAAAAGCAUUUCUUUACUCUAGAAUGACUUGCAGAUGUACUGAGUUGACCAGAGAAGUAAUUCAGAGUUUUCUUAAAGCUUUGCUUUUGUGCUUUCCUCAUGCCUUUAUCCAAGCAUGAAGUUUUAGGAAAUAGCAAGCCCAAAUUUAAGAACUUUGGGCUUGAACUGCAACUCAUCAAGGGGAUGUCCCAGUCUCUCUUGCCCUUGCUUGUAGAGAAGCUCCUGUCUGUGCAAGCCUAGGCAUGAUAUGAACUAGGUUCUUUGAUUUGAGUAUGAAAUACUGGAGAAAGAAGCAGUGGAAAGUGGCUUGUGUUUUCCAUGUCCUGUCCUGUCCAGACUUUGUUUUUAGGGGAGAAAGAACACAUUCAUCUUACCCAAGGUUCUUCAACAGCUUGUCCUAUAGUGAAGUGCUAGAUUUCGGAAGGCUCCAUGUUCUUUCACGUGUGCCAUGAAGACCAGAAAGAGUGAAAUGAGUGUAAUGAAGAAAGGGAGCCCAAGAAGGAUGCUGAGAUCACAGAUUCCAUCUUUCUGUUCAUUCUUUUGCUACUCUAAUGCUUUGUAGUUACCUCCAUACAAUCCAGUCUAGGCUUAGUACAGUUAACACUCUAGUAUUGGGCUGGUAUUUUGUGGGUUAAUCUGAUUUUCAGUGCUGGCUUUGCCAUUUAAUCUUUCAGUUCAAUACCAUAGGAUCCUGGAUACAGUGGAGAGGAGCCUUUGGUAGUUGCUUGACAUCUCCAUGUGGAAUUGGUCACUUCUCUCACUAAGUUGUGUCAAAGUGCAGACCACUUGUCUAGAUAAAAGAAUCUUGAGACUUUGACAUCACAUGGUUUAAGAGUGAAUCACAUAUUCAUAGUAAGAUCUGACUGGAAAAAAAGACUAAAAAAUGUUAAGCCAGAGUCCUCUGGGAAUCUGGUGCCUUUAACAAAAACUGUCAUUUUGUAAAAUGUCACAUCUAUAGCAUAGCCCUUAUGUUUUCUAUUGGUUUUUGGUUUUUUUUGUACAGAUGUAAAUUCAAAAUAUUCUGUCUUUGGGUACGUAUUUUCAGUGUAAUACAGUAUGUAUAAUAAAAAAUUUAGAUUUUCUAA